UCCUGGAGACAUUUGAUAUGCAGAUAAGUCCAAUACGUACACAGUUUCAAUCUACUGCUGAAAGCAGGUGUUAAUUUUUGUUUUGCAAUUGCAGUUAAGGGUUUGAGGAAGGCAGCAGACCUCCAGGAACCACUUCUCAGGAGAAUCUGGAAGAUAUGUCAAUAUUCGCUCCAGGGCUGUUUAGGGGCAAGGUGGCUCUGGUGACAGGAGGAGCUACAGGUAUUGGCAAGGCUAUCACCGCGGAACUACUCUCCCUCGGUUGUACUGUGGUAAUUGCAUCAAGAAAAGAAGAGAGGUUAAGAGAGGCAGUUCAGGAACUCUGUCCAAAUGGCAAGAGACUUGUAGCAAAAGUAUGCAAUAUCAGAGAAGAAGAUCAAGUUAAAAAUCUGAUCUCCUCAACGCUGCAUGACCUUGGCAAGAUAGACCAUCUUGUAAAUAAUGGUGGAGGUCAAUUUCUAUCUCCAGCAGCAAACAUUAGCCUCAAAGGCUGGAAUGCUGUGCUAGAAACCAAUCUUACUGGAACUUUCUUAAUGUGCAAAGAAGUUUAUGAUCAGUGGAUGAGGGACAACGGUGGAGUGAUUGUUAACGUCAUUGCCGACAUGUUCCGUGGCAUGCCAAUGUUAGCUCACACAGGAGCAGCUCGAGCAGGAGUUGACAACUUAACUAAGAGUCUUUCAGUAGAAUGGGCCUCCAAUGGAGUGCGAAUAAAUUCAGUGGCACCAGGAGGCUCCAUUUACUCUCCUACAGCGGCUGCAAACUAUGGAGAUGGCAACAUCUUUGAAAAAGUUCGUGUCCACAUUCCAACAAAAAGGCUUGGAACACCGCAAGAGGUGGCAAGUGCAGUAUGCUUCCUGUUGUCCCCUGGAGCAUCAUUCAUUACUGGUGAAACUCUCAAGAUUGAUGGAGGUGGUAGUCUUUACUCUAAUCUCAUGUGGAAUAUUCCAGAGCAUGACAAAUUACCUGCAUAUGCUUGGACCUACAAACCCCUUGAGGAAGAUGAUGCCACUCCACCAAAUGCAAAGUUAUAAUAUUUGUAUAUACUGUAAUGAAUGUAGAAUAGAAAAUGUAGAAUAGAACCA